GAUUUUGAUUAAAAGCUUACGCUUUGAAAAUGUUAUGAUUUUUUUUAAAAUUAAUUGCCAUGUCUCUCUGUAUGUACCUCUCUGUCUCUCUUUCGGCGCGUCGAUUUCACAUUAUUAUCUCUCUUUCAGACAGCUUUGAUUCCGUAAGACAAUUUCAUUUCGUCCCUCCCCAAGUUUGUCCGUAAAGGAUUGAUUUUUUUUGUUUUUUUUUAAAGUCUCUUCUUCUUCUCUUUGCCCACUUCCGAAAUUAAAUCAGAAGUUUGAAUUCUUCUUCUUAUCCCGUCUGUCUCUUUCUGCUGUCGUUUUCAUCGGGGACGUGUCUUGUUUCUUUAAGGGAAUGAGAAAACUGUAUAGGAAGCUGGCUUCAUUCAAAGACCCAUUCACCAGAGCGAAGAGACACGUGAGCUCAUCACAUUCAGGGUUUAGGUCUUUCAGCGACAGAAGAUGGAUGUUCCCUUUCGUAGCAGCCUCGAUCAUCUCCAUCACCCUCCUCAUGCUCUCCAUCUCCGGCUUUUACUCAGAAGAAGAAGAAUCUCCAUUACCAUCAGACGCUGUCUCAAAGCCUACUAAUGACGACUACUUUGUUGAAUCAAGUUUCUUAAAAUCAAACCCGGACGUUAAUCCAGACCUUCCUAGGCUAGCUUAUCUGAUCUCGGGGACGAAAGGAGAUAGCCACAGGAUGAUGAGGACCUUGCAAGCCGUGUACCAUCCUAGAAACCAGUACGUUCUUCAUUUGGACCUCGAGGCUCCGCCUAAAGAGAGGAUGGAGCUGGCGUUGUCUGUCAAGAGUGAUCCUAUUUUUAGUCGGAUGGAGAAUGUUAGGGUGAUGUCUCAGUCUAAUCUUGUGACUUAUAAAGGUCCUACGAUGAUUGCUUGCACUCUCCAAGCCGUUGCGAUUUUGCUGAGGGAGAGCUUGCAUUGGGAUUGGUUUCUUAAUCUUAGUGCCUCGGACUAUCCUCUCGUUACACAAGAUGAUUUGUUGUAUGUCUUCUCAAACAUGUCGAGGAAUGUCAAUUUCAUUGAGAAUAUGCAGCUCACUGGUUGGAAACUGAAUCAGAGGGCUAAGUCAAUUAUUGUUGACCCUGGCCUGUACCUGUCAAAGAAGUCUGACCUUGCUUGGACUACUCAGCGACGAUCACUUCCUACUUCUUUCAAGCUAUUCACUGGCUCAGCUUGGAUAAUGCUGACACGGUCUUUCCUGGAGUACUGCAUCUGGGGAUGGGACAACUUCCCUAGAACGAUACUAAUGUACUACACAAACUUCGUGUCAUCUCCCGAAGGAUACUUCCACACAGUGCUCUGCAACAGCAAAGAGUUUGUUAACACUGCGAUAGGACACGACCUUCACUACAUCGCUUGGGACAACCCACCGAAGCAGCACCCUGUCUCUCUCUCGUUGAAGGAUUUUGAUAACAUGGUCAAGAGCAAAGCUCCGUUUGCUCGUAAGUUCCACAAGAACGACCCUGUAUUGGACAAGAUCGAUAGAGAGUUGUUGGGAAGGACACACAGGUUCUCACCAGGGGGGUGGUGUGUAGGGAGGUCGGAUAAUGGGAGUGAUCCGUGCUCUGUGCAAGGGAAUGACUCGGUUUUGAGACCAGGACCUGGUGCUGUGAGGUUGCAGGAGCUUGUUCAGACUUUGUCUUCUGAGGAGUAUAGGAGUAAACAAUGUUCAUGAGUGUUUGAGGUUUAUCUAGUGAUCAUGCGAAAUGUCAUGUUGUACAUUACUUUUUGGUUGAUUGUUAAUUUUGGUCAUAGAAUGAUGAUAUUCAAUGAAUGAAGUG